AUGAGCCCAGGAUCGUCAGGGACGACGAAGGCUAGUCUGAAGGAAGAGGCUCCUCUAGCGACUCCGGUGAAAUUGACGUUGCCUACGCUAUCGGGUGAGAGCUGUUGGUCUAGAACGAAGGGCGUGACCGAUGGAGGGGUUGGAGGUGGCUCUUUACAAGCUGAGGACGAUGGUCCCGGCUCGCAGUCUAUUCCAGCGGCUCUGCCUCGUAGGGGAGAUGAGGGUAUGUGGUUUCGUGUGAAGGGUAGGGAAGGGGCACGUUCCUGCAUGUGGAGUGUUCUAGGGAGGCGAACGAGUUAUCAGAUGAGGAUCAUCCGGCGGCGUCUCGAGAAGGCAGUAUUGAAGCCUCGCGGCGGCGGGCAGGAGGCGAUUCCGGAGGCGACGGAGCAUCAGCGAUGCGGAUCUCACGUACACAGCGUACUUGGCAGAGCUGGCCAUGGAGCGGAAAGAGAGCGUCUCGAUUGUCAUCGUGAGAUAGCUCAGUUGAAGUCAGUGUCGGCGUCGCCUCAACGUCAACAGUAUCUGAGUCGAUCGUGGCUCUCCAUGAACGCCCCACCUCCGGGCAUCGGCCAUCGGAGGACAGGAAUCGCCGCUGGUGCAAUGGGAAUGAACGGGAUUACCUUUUUCUUCUGGGAAGGGCACGGUUAUACUACUCACGUCUUAGGAGUGUACAUGACGGCAUUAUCCGUCAUCAUUACAACAGCUGAGUUCUUACCAUUUGCCGUGGACACCUUGAUACCCUGGAUGCCGUUCCUCAAGCACUACGGUUCACGUGCGGUAGUUUACCUAUUGGCAGCUUUCCUAUGCAUGGGAGAGGAGAUGGGCUUUACAAGUCGAUGCGCUGGGGUCCUGAUGUUCAUGGGCUCGGCGGCUUCGUUCGCCUUCCAUCGGUUCUACCCUGGUGCGAUGGAGCACGCUCUUCGGCCGGGAAGAGUGGUAGGGUUAGAUGGGAGCACAGAUGAUGGUGUGGCCAUGGGCCUCAUAGGCGAAAACCCAUGCGCGUGA